AUGGUUUGCACUGUCACAGUCCUUUUCCCGAACGACAUCAAUGCCGAAUACGAUAUCGAUUACUACACCAACACGCUAAUGACUCACAUUGAAAAGUGUUGGACUAAAUUUGGUCUCAAGGGAUGGUCCGUCACCAAGUUUGUUCCAGGUCUGGAUGGAAGCGCACCACUUUAUGCAUUUGGUAGCGAGACAUUAUGGGAAAGCGAAGAAGGUAUGAAGAGUGCAUUUGCGAGUCCUGAGGCUGCGGAGCUUAUGCGAGAUGUUGCUCGCUUUAGCAACAGGUCGCCUGUUUUUAUCAUUGACCAGACCACCAAACCUGCCUCUGGAAUCUAA